AUGUAUUUCCCCGAGCAGCGUCACCUCCAGGACGAUGUCCACAAGGAGUCUCUCCAGAACCCCGAGGAGUUCUGGAUGCACCAGGCCGACCAGCUGUACUGGCACAAGCGGCCCGAGCGCGCCAUCAAGAUGGGCAAGCGCAACCUCAAGAGCGGUAAGAGCCACACCACCUGGGAGUGGUUUCCCGGAGGCGAGAUCAGCACCUGCUACAACGCCGUUGACCGUCACGUCGUUGCCGGUCGCGGCAACUGGCCUGCCAUUCACUACGACUCGCCAGUCACCCGCACCAAGCGCACCAUCACCUACGCCAACCUCCUCGAGGACGUAGAGGUGACCGCUGGCUUCCUCCGCGAGCAGGGUGUCAAGAAGGGCGAUGUUGUCCUCGUCUACAUGCCUCAGAUCCCGGCCGCCAUCACCGCCAUCCUGGCUGCCAACCGCCUCGGCGCCACUCACUGCGUCGUCUUUGGUGGCUUCUCCGGCCCGGCCCUUGGUCAGCGCAUCGACGCCGUCAAGCCCGACGUCAUCCUCACCGCCUCGUGUGGUAUCGAUGGCAACAAGCCCGCCAUCCCCUACGGCCCCCUGGUUCACGAUGGUAUCAAGGAGGCCACCCACAAGCCUAAGCGUGUCAUCAUCUACCAGCGCACGCAGGCUCCUUGGGUCAUUGACGAGGCCCGUGGCGAGCGCAGCUGGCAGGACCUCUGGUACAGCGCCAAGGCUCGCGGCGUCCGCGCAGAAGCCGUCCCUGUCGCCUCGACCGACCCCGUCUACAUCUCGCACACUUCGGGCACUACUGGUGCGCCCAAGGGUGUUGUGCGUGACUCGGGUGGCCACGCUGUCGGCCUUCACCUCUCGAUUGCCAUGGUGUUCGGUGUCCCCGGUCCUGGCGGAUGCGUCUUUUCGGCCUCGGACAUUGGAUGGGUCCUUGGUCACGCGUUUAUCAUGAUGUCGCCCCUUUUGGCUGGUGCCGCGACUGUCCUUUACGAGGGCAAGCCUGUUGGCACCCCCGAUGCGUCCGCCUUCUGGCGCAUCAUUGAGGAGUACCAGGUCACCAUGCUUUACUGCGCUCCCACAGCCCUCCGCGCCAUCAAGCGCGACGACCCUGACGCCCGCUUCAUCUCCAAGUACGGCGACCGUGGGGGUCUCCGCUCCCUCAAGGGUCUUUUCCUUGCCGGCGAGCGCUCCGAGCCUUCGAUCAUUGUCGAGUACCAGGAGUUCCUCAACCAGUACGCCUCCCCUGGUGCUCAGGUCAUCGACAACUGGUGGUCGACCGAGGUCGGCUCGCCCAUCACGUCGCGCACCCUCAUGCCCCACGCCGGCUUUGACCGUACCACCAAGAUCGACAACCACCCUCCCGCCCUGCUCAAGCCCGGUUCGGCUGGCAAGGCCAUGCCUGGUUACAACAUCAAGGUUGUCGACGAUGAUGGCAAGCCCGUUAACGCCGGUGAGAUGGGUAACAUUGUCCUCGGCCUUCCCCUCCCUCCCACCGCCUUCCGCUCUCUCUGGCAGGACGACGAGCGCUUCUACAAGGGUUACCUUGAGCGCUUCGGUGGCGAGCUCAUGGACACUGGUGACGCGGGUUACAUUGACAAGGACGGCUACGUUCACGUCAUGGCGCGCAACGACGACGUCCUCAACGUCUCGGCUCACCGUCUGUCCUCUGCUGCGAUCGAGCAGGCCCUGGCCUCGCACCCCUUGGUUGCCGAGGGCUGUGUUGUCGCGAUUCCCGACGCGCUCAAGGGCGAGCUUCCGUUCGCCUUUGUGACCCUCGCCGUUCCCGAUCACCCGACUAGCGCGAUCCCCGACGAGGCUCUCCAGAAGGAGCUGCAGGGUCUGGUCCGUUCGGGAGUGGGUGCGAUCGCCUCGCUUGGCGGUGUCAUCCAGGGCUCGGGCAUGAUCCCCAAGACGCGUUCCGGCAAGACUCUCCGUCGUGUCCUUCGCGAGCUGCUUGCCAACGCUGCCGAGGGUGAAUUUGACGCUGCGGUCACCGUCCCCUCGACGGUCGAGGACGCCGCCGCCGUCGAGGUUGCGCGCGAGAAGAUCCGCGAGUACUUCAAGGUCAAGGGUGGGGCGCACAAGGCCGUCCACACCCGCACCCCGCGCGCGCGUCUGUAA